CAGCCUUGAUACACUGAUGCGUUCCUAAAGUUUUGGGAAACAAAUUUUAAGCUAGUCUGUUUACAAUAAUGCUGAAUAGAGUUUAGAUUAUUAGUUAUUAGUACUAGUAGAUAUAAUCAAAGCUGAAAAUAGUAGUCAAGUAUCUAGAUCUAGUCAUAUAGAUCUAUUUCUUUAUUUUUGGAUUUUACCUGAACAAGGACUCACUAUGGCUGACUCUGAAAAUGACUCCAGCUCCAGUGAUGGCUCACAGCCGAUUAGCAGACAAAAACCACUUCACAGCCGUAGGCCAAGCAAUGUCGAUCUCGCUAAAGAAGAAAUAAUAUGUCCCAUGUGCAUUGGUGUAUUCAAUACACCGAAAUCUCUCCAAUGUCUCCACUCUUAUUGCGAGAAUUGCAUCGAAUGUUUACUCAAGUCAUCCAAUGAUAAAACCUCCAUAAUCUGCCCAGAAUGCCGUGCCAAUACACCUCUGCCAGAAGAUGGGAUAAAAGGUCUUCCAAUCAACUUCAAACUUAAACGAUUUGUUGAGAUCCUUUCAAGCAAACAGAAGCAAGACAUCCUCUCUCGAUCUGUUUCCAUCAAACAAGCCAAAGCUGACAGCACUCCUAAGCCAGUUGAGCAAGAGGAUAUCAGUCUUAAUUGUACAAUCCAUGAGGACAAACAAUUGGAGUAUUACUGCAAAGAAUGUGCAAUGCUAGUUUGUGGAAAAUGUAUGCUGGAUAAGCAUCGAAUGCACCAAGAGGUUAAGUACGCCACUGAAGCUCUACCGGAACGAAUUUCAGCCAUGAAAACUUCUCUGGUAUCUGUUGAAGCCACCCUCUCUGUUUCAAAAGCAUUUAAUGAUUCUCUCGGCAGCGACCUUAUUGAACUUAAGAAUGAUGCUGAGCUAGUAGUGAAUACAGUCACAAGCUACUUCCAAAACAUCCACAAGUUGCUCCAAGAGAGAGAAGCAUCAUUAUUGGAAGAAAUUUCGAGUGAUGUGAGCAAAAAAGAGAAAGAGAUUAUCAAGCAUCAACAGAGCAUACAAGUAGCUACUAAAGAGCUCCAGAAAUGUGUGGAUCACGUACAAGACAUCGAAGAAAAUCGGAAAAGUGAUGUCAAAGUCUUAGUAGAAGAGGAAAGCAUCAAAGCUCGUGUUGAGCAUCGCAAGAGCCAGCUUGAAUUAGUGGUCGCAAACAUUAAGAUCAAAGGGAAUCAAAUUUUCAAAUCUCCUUUCAACGCCGAUUCUUACUUCGAAGCUCAGUGCAAAACCGUUGGUGAAAAUCCCUACGAAAGGCCUCUCAAUCCAUUAGCCCAAGAUGACGAAUUCUACAAUCCUGUACCACCACCCCUAUCAUCUGCAUUCCGACCACGAACUCGAUCAAUGAUCCCAUCUGAAACAUCAUGUGACAGUCUCUCCUCUGCAAGCUCAAAAUCACCUGAGUAUUCCCACGGAAGAUUCUCUCUACCUUCGUUCAAUUACUCUCGUAACCGGUUUUCUGGGUUCUACGAAAACGAAGACAUAUCUGAUUCGGACUGUCUUGCUCCGCCGUAUUUGGAGAUCACUUCAAGACAGCUGCUUGGUUCGUCUCCUCGACUGGCAAGUGUAUUUCCCAAUGGUGUAUGUGUGGGGAAACCAGACUGUUUGAUUGUCACGGACUCUAGAAAUGGUAUACUUCGAAUUUUGACUCCCACCGGAAAAUGUCUUGAUUCAGUUGUAAUAGAAUCAAAGGGGGAAGGAAAUAUGGUGGAGCCCACAGCUGUUGCUACUAGUGAAGAAGGUACUAUGUAUCUCAUUAUCAGGGGCACUUCAAACAAGAUUCAAAAGUAUUCCUCCUCAGGUAAAUACUUGACGAAACUGAAAGGGCGUGGUCAACUGGGCGAUCCCACUGGUCUUACAGUCCUUCCCAAUGGCAAUGUGCUCGUGUCAGAUUCUCAGAAGAGUUGCAUUCAUGUGUUCGAAUCGGUGUCUGGCAAGUACCAAGGGAAGUUGGACAUCAUGGAAAUACAUCAGCCUGAUAGCCCCUCAGACAUCACUCAUGACCAUAGAGGGAAUCUGAUCAUCUCAGAUCUGGGAAAUCACUGUGUGUGGGUGUACAGUAGCAGUGGUCGCUAUGUAACCCGUUUAGGCACGAAGGGCACCAACCCGGGGGAGCUUCUACAGCCGUACAGUGUUGCUGCUGAUUUGGACAGUAAUAUUUUUGUGGCUGAUAGCGGGAAUCAUCGAAUCUCAGUGUUCACUUUGAGUGGCAAGUUUGUGCGUUGCUUUGGUACAAAGGGAUCUGAGCCAGGGAUGUUUCUAUAUCCUCGUCACCUUUGUGUGGACUCUCAGGGACGAUUGGUGGUAGCCGAUGAACAAAACCAUAGACUUCAGAUAUUUGACAUCAAGGAACUUCUAAACGGUUUUUGAGGUUUAUAUACAAAUUACAAAACCAAUCAAGAAAUAAAAUGUGCGUCAAUUGUGUACGUAUAUUAUAGCUACUAGUGUACACAGAUUUCAACCAUUAACAAUAAGUUAUUAAUUUUGUUGCUGCUAGUCCAUAAA